AUCGCCGCCGCCGUCCCCACACCUGCUGGUCCCACAUCCCAGAGGCCGAUAAAAGCGUGAGUGCGCCACCUUUUCCGUUCGCAGUGUCCUCCCCCUUUGCCCGCCGCUCUCACUCUCUCUCGCUGCUUUCCUAUUCCGGCGAUGCUGCAAUAAAUCCCCCGUCGACGGCGGCCGCGGCCCUGGGCGAUCGUAGAUCCCUCCCAACCCAUGUCGAACGCUGGGGGCCCCUCCGUCCUCCCGGCGCCUUGCCGGCAGGCUGGUCAUCGCGCCCUCCUCCCCCUCCCGGCGGCUCCCCAGUUCGUGGCGAGGUUUCGCUCCAACCGUCGUGUUCGACUCACUCCCGCCAGCGCCGUCGUGCACGCUUCAAGGAUUCCCCCCUCCGAGGCGCGCCGUGUCCGAUCCCUCGCCGGCAGUCGACACCGUCCUCCUCCACUCCACCGGAUUCGCUCGGGGACUCCGUGCUGUGCAUAUGUCGAGAAGAUGUUGGUAGCAGAAACGGCAAGCCUGCUAGACGUGCAUCGAAAGGACCGUGAGGCUAGAAUAAGGAAGCAGCUCCACAAGGUUGAACUACCGCCGUCUCCAUACGACACCGCGUGGGUGGCUAUGGUGCCCUUGCGGGGCUCCCCUCGCACUCCAUGCUUCCCUCAGUGUGUUGAAUGGAUAUUGCAAAACCAACAUGAAAAUGGAUCUUGGGAUAACAACGACCUUGGGUCAUCAGCCAACAAGAACGUUCUCUUAUCCACAUUGGCAUGUGUUCUUGCGCUUGAGAAAUGGAAUCUUGGCCAAGAGCACAUAAGGAGAGGACUACAUUUUAUCGGAAGACAUUUCUCCCUUGUCAUGGAUGAGGAGAUUGCUGCUCCUACAGGCUUUAACAUGAUUUUUCCUGGUAUGCUUAGCCUUGCCGUUGGGGCGGGUUUGCAAUUUCCUGUCAGACAAACUGAUAUUGAUUGGAUUCUUCAGCAAUGGGAGAUGGAAUUGAAAAGGUCUGUUGAUGGAAAAACAUUGGCCGGGGAGAAAUCUUAUGGGAGAGAAGCAUAUAUGGCCUAUGUCUCCGAAGGGUUAGGAAACUUACUGGACUGGAAUGAAGUUAUGAAGUUUCAGAGGAAGAACGGGUCGUUGUUCAACUCUCCUUCCACAACUGCUGCUGCGUUAGUCCACAACUAUGAUGAUAAGGCCCUCGAUUAUUUAAAUAUGGUAGUCAGUAAAUUUGGUGGUGCAGUACCAACAGUGUAUCCACUAAAUAUGCACUGGAAGCUUUCAAUGGUGGAUUCGCUUGAAAAGAUCGGAAUUUCUCGGCAUUUUUCUAGUGAGAUAGAGGGAAUCUUAGACAUGGCAUACAGUUUCUGGUUACAGAGAGACGAGGAAAUUAUGAUGGAUGUAGCAACAUGUGCAAUGGCGUUCCGCCUUUUAAGGAUGAAUGGGUAUGAUGUAUCCUCAGAUGAGCUGUCUCAUCUUGCUGAAGCCUCUAAUUUCCAUAAUUCACUUCAAGGAUAUUUAAAUGAUACAAAAUCUGUACUGGAACUAUACAAGGCUUCAAAAGUCAGUGUAGCAGAACAUGAAUUAAUCCUAGAUAACAUUGGCAACUGGUCUGGCAGCUUAUUGUCAGAAAAGUUGUGCUCUGAAGGGGUGCAGGGCCUACCAAACUUAGAGGUCGAGUAUGCCGUUAAGUUUCCAUUCUAUACCACGCUGGAACGCCUAGACCACAAGAGGAACAUCGAACAUUUUGAUGCUAGAGGUUCUCACAUCCUGAAGACAGAAUGCUUGCCGUAUGGUAUCAACCAAGAACUUUUGGCUUUGGCUGUUGACGAUUUCACAUUUUCUCAAUCUAUCUACCAGGAUGAACUCCUGCAUCUUGAUAGGUGGGUGAAAGAAAACAGGUUGGACCAGCUACAAUUUGCACGGCAGAAGUUGACAUAUUGUUAUCUCUCUGCUGCUGCUACGAUUUUUCCUCCUGAACUUUCUGAUGCUCGCAUAUCGUGGGCCAAAAACGGUGUGCUCACAACCGUUGUUGAUGACUUCUUUGAUGUUGGAGGAUCAAAAGAAGAACUAGAAAACCUCAUAGCAUUAGUUGAGAAGUGGGAUGAGCAUCACAAAGAUGACUUCUGUUCGGAGCAAGUAAGGAUUGUAUUUUGUGCUCUCUAUACCACAGUGAACCAGCUUGGAUCAAUCGCUUCUGCCGUACAAAACCGUGACGUUAAAAAUCACCUGAUAGAAAUAUGGCUACUUCUAUUGAGGUCUAUGAUGACCGAGGCAGAAUGGCAGAGGAGCCAAUAUGUGCCAACAAUGGAAGAAUACAUGACAAAUGGGGUAGUUUCAUUCGCACUGGGGCCCAUUGUGCUUCCAACAUUGUAUUGUGUCGGGGAAAAGCUAUUGGGGAGUGCUGUCAAAAAUCAAGAGUACAGUGAGUUAUUUAGGCUAAUGAGCACCUGUGGCCGUCUCCUCAAUGACAGCCAAGGCUUUGAGAGGGAGGGCAGCGAGGGGAAACUGAACAGCGUUUCGCUACUUGGUCUUCACAGCGGUGGUUCUAUGUCCAUAGAAGCGGCUAAGAAUGCGAUACAGAAGUCCAUAGUCGCUUCGAGGCGAGACUUGCUAAGAUUGGUCCUCAAGGAAGGCACGGUUGUUCCCAGGGCAUGCAAGGAGCUGUUCUGGAAGAUGUGCAAGAUACUUCACCUGUUCUACUUUCGGACCGACGGAUUCAGCUCGCCAAAGGAAAUGGCCAGCGCGGUGAAUGCUGUUAUCAACGAACCACUCAGGCUCUCAAGUUGACAAUCCAUGGUUGAUGGUCUCAUCAGAAAAAGAAAGAUAUUCAUGUGUUCAUAUGGAGCAGAGGGAUCGGCGGUGAACCUUUGGCCCUGUAACUUAGAGAGAUGUAAAGAUUGACGAAGGUAGGCUCAAUGUUUCAAAAAAGAAACUUCUUGUUACCGGAUAGUAAUAUUUCCUGCAGUUUCAUCAGAAAAACACAUCGCUGUCCUAUGUAUAUAUAUUAAAAAAAGGGCGCUGCUAGCCGUCCGA